UUUUAGGCGCCUGACUCAAAGUCAACGCAACAUGCGACCUAUCAUUCUCAAUGGGCACGAAAGGCCUAUCACUAGAAUCAUAUAUAACCGUGAUGGAGAUCUCAUCUUUACUGCCGCCAAAAAUCAAAGUGUUUGUGUCUGGUACAGUGUAAACGGAGAAAGACUGGGUACUUACGAUCAACAUGAGGGUGCUGUAUGGUGGCUUGAUGUAGAUUGGUCAUCUUCUACGCUGUUGACUGCAUCUGCAGAUUGGUCUUGUAAGAUUUGGGAUGUUCAAACAGGUAAAUGCACUGGGGUAUACACGACAAACAAUCCUGUUAGAACCUGCGGUUUCUCAUACUGUGGAAAUUUGAUAUUCCUAACCACUGAUGAUACUGGAAAGAAGGAUUGUCAGAUUAUCGCCUUUGAUAAGCGUGAUCCAAGUCAUAUGUCACAAGAGUCCUGUAUAUUCAAGAAAACAUCUUCAGAUAAAUCUAAAGUGACUGGAGCGAUAUGGGGACCAGUUAAUCGAAGUAUCAUUUGUGGUCAUGAGUCUGGUGCACUGACAAUGUUGGAUGCUAGUUCUGGAGAAUGCAUAAAGCAUAUCAACCCGCAUAAAGGACCUGUUACAGAUAUGCAAAUGCAUCUAAACCUACCAAUGCUGAUAACAGGAUCAAAAGAUCAUAAUGCAAAACUGUUUAGUGCUUAUGAUUUGGAAUGUAUCCGAACCUAUACUACUGAACGUCCGAUUAAUUCUGCGGCUAUUUCACCUACUAAAGAUCAUGUAAGUUGCUACUAGUCACAACGUUUUAUCUUAUUUGAAUUAACGUAAAUACUCAUCUUUGUACACAUGUGUACAUCAACCGGGAAAGUCUAUACUUCCCUACCAACAGUUAAGUAUUUCAUUCAUUGAUGUCAUGUUUUAAUCUGACCACCCUUAGCCUGAACCUACUUCAGGUAACGUUGUACGACGAGGUAGACUGUGACUAGACAUCUCAGUCGAUGAAGCUUCACAACCACAGCAACCAACUUUCUUCUCUGUAAAAUUCUACACCUGACUUCUGCGUUACUCAUGUGGUGACACCAUGAAACAUGGUCCAUGAUACGGUGGUCGAACGCCUGAAGCCUUCUCAUAUCUUCUACCUUUAAUGGUCGUUUCAACAGUCAUAUAUUAGAACAGGACAAACUGCAGCACAGUACACUGGAUCCUUGAUCGACAACUGGAUAUCACGGUGGUGCUAUAGAUGGUGUAAGUUGUUGAAAGCCAAUCGAGCGUUUCGUAUCCGUGCAGAGAUUUCGUCAAUCCACUGACCCACCAAAGUUAAUCCAACUUCCUGGAUACAUGAAGUGGCCAUUUCAUGGAUGUUCGAGUACAUUCAGACAUGUGAUGGAGUAGUUGAAGGUCAAAUGUCUAAACCAUUUAACCAUAGUUCAUUUAUGUAGAUGAAAAUGGGAAGGAUUUUUUUCCAGAACUUCCUUCGUCUUGUAUUUAUUUACCAUUAAGUCAAUUUUUUUCAUUGUUUUCGGUCUUUCAACAUGUGAAACAAUUGAAUUAUUGGCUUAGACUUCCGUAAAAAAGUACCCACAAAACUCAAACAAGUAGAAUUUUUUUUGAGACAAGUAGUAAUGAAACUGAAGUCCGAUAUAUGUUUGUACGUACUCUUAUAGCAGUGUUUCUUACUGAAAUGGGUACAUCAUCCUGUUGAAGGCUGUUUACUUGGACACUUGUGGGCGUGUUACAGCCUGUGAUGAGAUGAUGAUGAGAUGUGUACGUCGAGUGGUGUCCGUCAAGAAUCCCCGCCUUCUCCAUUCCUAUUCGAUUUUAUCAUAGAUGUUCUUGUAAAUGUCUCUUUCUCGACAUCCAACUACACAGGGAUAGACCUAUAAUACGUAGAUGACUUAGUCCUGUUAGAUGAAGACGCUGACAAUAUGCAGAGUCUCUUGGACAUCUUGAGUUGCAAUUCGAGAAUAUUUAUGAUGUGUUUCUCGCCACCCAAGUGCAAAUUAUUGCUCCAGGACUGGUCUUCAACGAUAUAUCGACUAACAAUAGAGAGUGUAAUGGUUGAGGGCGUUGAACACUUCACUUACCUGGGAGUCGGACUAGCCCUGGUGCGCUGAUCAGUGACCAAAAAAUCUCUGCACUGUUACAAAAGGCGAUGUAGACUAGUCGGUUGGGGUCCAUGGAACAAGAGAAACCUAUGAUUGGAGACUUUAAGUUAUAUGCCUCAGAACCGAUGUCAGUAGCUCAGAUGUAUCCCCACACACGUUAUCCUCAUCUUAACGGCUAUACUUAAUCUCAUCAUCUCAUUCUUCCUUCUUCUCUCUUCUUAUUUUCUACUCUCUCUGACCUAUUUUUUUACUGCUUCACCUUUCAUUUUAUUGCCUUGUUACUUGGUGUGCUGAUAUAUGAGAUAAGAUGUGGCACCUUGAACCGUUACGCAGUAUUGUCUGUUCCUGCGUUGAUGUUAAUGAUGAUGAUGACUCAUGAUGCUACCUAGGCACCCAAGUUGACGUGGUUAGAGUAAGUGUGGAACCCAUAACCCUGUGAUUGAUAGCCGACUACGUAGACUAAUGAGUUAAAAACUCACUAAACAUGUAAUCCACAAACUGUUUGUGUGGAAUUUGUGAAAAUUCAACACUAACGUUGAAGUAUAAUUGUUUAUAUAUAAUACAGUCGUUGCUUGGACCGGAUUGAUCGGUCUCUAUGAAAGCUGCUGUAUAGAAAUGAUGUUUUUUUCCUUCUUUGAAUAAAAUGUUGACCUUACAGUCAUGUGCCAGUCUUUUCCUUCUGAUUUUGGCGGCUUGGUGAGAUAUAAGGCACUCAGGGGGAACAGUCACUAUUUAUAUCCGUUGCAAGUGUGUUAUCGUGUUUCAAAGUUUUCAAAUUGUUAUAAUAUUCCUCUGCAGUAUUAUUUUUUUUGCCCUUGUUUAUUUAUUCAUACUUAAAUUAGGUGUUGGUGGGUGGUGGUCAAGAAGCCCAUGAAGUGACAACUACAGCAGUUGGACAGGGAAAAUUCGAUGUCAGAUUCUAUCAUUUGAUUUACCAAGAAGAAUUUGGACGUGUCAAGGGUCAUUUUGGUCCUGUCAAUAGUGUGGCUUUCAUACCCGAUGGUAGUGGGUAUGUUUAGUUGUUUUAUAAUUUCAAAAUUAUUCUAUUAUCAACUGCGUUUCAAUUACAGGUGUCCUACCCGCCCCUCGCUGAAUCUGUGUCCAGCUACCUGGCACUUCAAUGUAUACUAUUCUGACGAAAUUUUAUCGUUUGAUUGAAAAGUAGUUGCUGUUGAGUAGAAUAAUUUUCAAAAGAGAUCCAUUAGUUUAAUUGGUCUGCUUUUAUGAAUUCUGUUUACUCUUGUAAGCAGCUGUUUAAAGAGUGUACACGAGUAUCAAUCCUGAUGGGAUGAACACAGCUAAUAAUGUUUCUCCAAUGUUUUGAGGACUAAACAAUUCAAUUACAGACAAGCCGAUAGGAUAAAAUCAACGUAGAGCCUCGCAUACACCUAAAUGCAUCACCUCGAGUUGUCCCACUUCACAGUGUAGUGAGCUAGCUCAGUAGUACGCAAAGAAUAGGUGGAUAGAAGAAGACUUAUAUCAAAGUAUACAAAGUUGUGUGGGAGAAUAAAUCGUGCAAAUAUUUAGGAGUUUGAAGACGUCACAUCUGCGCCAUUGUGAUCGAUUGAUAUUCAGCCAUAUCACACCAAGAGUUCUCAACCAUUGAUUUCUUUCGUCUUGGGGAUCCAAGACUAGGUAGUCUACACCUCUUUACGUAGUUAAGAUCGAGAGAAAGAGACUUCAUCGACUGUUGCCAGGCUUUAGACUUGCCGCCUAUGAGCCUUCUUCCAACUUAAUCCAGCUUCCCCUAGAAUAGGACGUCGAGGUAGACGGUGGCUGGGGACGCGCAACACAACCACAUCGACUGACUUGCCUAUCUUUCUUAGUACUCUUCAUCUGAUCUCAAUAUUUCUCACACGGUAAAUCCUCCAAACGUGAGGAAUGCUGCAAAAACACCUGUGAUCGAAAUCAUGUAAUAGCUUCCUGUCUUCUUCGUUUAACGACCAUUUCACACAGCUGUAUAUAACAGAAGAGAACGAACCGCAGCGCAGUAAACUCCUUUUGAAAGAUAGUCUGAUAUCUUGCCAGUUAACUCAGCAGAUAAGAGACACGCCGACAAUGUCCGGUUGUAUUUUGGAGAAACCAAGCAGUGUCAGAGGGCUGACAACGUUUUUGUUUUCUCUCAUUGUAUUAGACUUUAACACUUAGUGAGUACUGCCCUUUUUUACUGAAAGCUCAUAGAAGAACCUUUUUCACGUCAUUCCAGGGUUGAUUGACACUUACAAUUUGAAACAGUAUAGGUUCCCCUUAUCUAUAUUGAUUAGUCACUGGUGAGCAAUCGACAUGUCUAAUCCAGUCAUUCCUACAGGAGGGGUGAGUCGCAACCCGGAUAGCUCAGUGGUAACGUUGCUGACUACAACAUUGCGUGAUCCGGGUUCAUAUCCAACAGGGAAUAUCAGUCCCUUUGACGACUGCCGACAAGCAUGAAACCUAGGUGAUGUGCAGAGCUUCCAACCGAUUGCCUCCAACCAGCAUCUAUCAAAGUUUACCUAAUCUGUUGUUCUCUGACUGACACGAAAAAAACAAGGUUUAGGAUAUCUGUUGUGGAUGUGUUAAAAGCAGCUUACUGUUUGUGCAUGAAUAGAGAUAGGAUAACCAGUAGGGAUAACAGAAGAGUGAGCUGCUUUAUUGGCUAUGGAAUCAUACUCUGCAUCAAACUAGUUGAUGACUUAUUCUAAGGUGUCCACUGUUAUAUAUUAUGCUAACAGAAGCAUAAAAUAGAUGUACAAAAGUCAAUUAAGCCCAUCUGCAAGGCCUGUUAGGAUGCAUGUUUAAGUUUGUCGCGGUAUUAAUCAUUAGGAGGGAGGUUUUAAACAACCUUUAUGCAUUCAAAAACACUUUGUCCGUAUAUGUAAACCUUUGGUAGAUUCAGCUUCUCACACUCAAGGUUAUUUUACUAUGAAUUUUGUUGCUUUGUUGUUAUUUUGACUUUCAGUUGUCGUAAUCAUUCUCGCCCACUCCUUAACUCUGCAAUUUUUCAUAUAAAUAUGCCUAUGACAAGUACGUUUAUCUGUGUGAUCAGAUUGUUUGCGAAAUAUAUGGGUUGCUCAAAUACGUCUACAGUACUGCUAUAACCGGUAGUACGACAUAGCAGACUAAGAGUAAUAUGAACCUAACACGCCAAGGGAUCUACUCUAACGCAAAUCAGAACGUCAACUGCAACAAAUACCACCGACAUGCGAAGACAAAAAGAGAAGACAGACCGUUGACGAAGAGCUUUUUAUUGUCUCAACAAUAGUCAUUAGAUUCUAUCUGGAGGUUUGUGGAGGUUUAUCAAUUGACUUUAGGCUGGAAUUCAUCAUGAACUGAUAUCAGUUGGAGGAACAUUGGAAACCUGGGAGAACUGGAGAUCUGUUUCGUCCUAGUAUGGGACUCCUCAGUAGUCCGCACCCAUGACUCCGUCCUGCUGUGCUAGGGGUCGAACCCAAGACCUUCAGGUUCCACGACCAACAUGUUACCAUUUAGCCACUGGUCCGGAGUCCAGUGGUACAUAACGCGACCAUCACCUAGUAUCAUUAUUGAGUGUUCGUACUCAUGUCCACCAGGUUUGCCCCACUGGUCACAACUUCUCACUGGAACUUCAGGAAUCACCUCUCGAAGCUAGUCACCAAAUGAGCACUAGAUUAAUUCAAUUUGGAGGGUUUGUGAGGACUUGUUUUGUAAAUUGCAAUUCUAUUAUGGCGGUAUACGUAAACCACUAGUGUAUACUCUUGUUUUUUAUUUGAUGUUUCAGAUUUGCUACCGGUGGAGAAGAAGGUUACGUUCGAUUGCAUACAUUUGACAGUGACUAUGCUGAUAUCGAUCAGCGUCUUUUCUGAAAAAUUACAACUGUUAUAUCAGCUUCGUUGUCAAGCGAAAUAUUGAAUGUGAUGAUAUUGUGAUUUUGUUU